AGCGUUCGAGAGCGUCGGUCGUUGGUUGAUGGUUGUCGGUUGCGUUGUCGCGUUAUUGCGUUCACAGGUGAGAGCCAAAAGAAGGCAGAGGAGCGUUCAAAGCUGCGCGCGCUCAAUACAAUCAAAGAAUCGGUUGGGCCAAGUGUGUCCGUGUGAAUCGUUGGUAACAACAGCCGGCACCUGAGUACAACCAUGAUGCACAAACUGAAAUAUCGAGACAAAUUAAAAUGGCUUUCAGCCAUUUCCCUGAUAAUCUGCACCUGUUUUAUACAAACCGAUGCACAGACGAGGGAUCCUAGAUUUUAUUCCCGCCCAGGCGUUGACUAUCAUUGGCCAAAUCCGGGGGAUCCAGACUACAGAACUUAUACGUUCAACGAUCGCCGAUAUGGCCAUUAUCAGCCAAAUGGUUUUGGAGCCAACUAUCCUGGCAGAAAUCCACCGGGACAAUAUCCCCAGGGAAUGCCGAACGAGGAUCGUUUUCGAUUUGAUCCGAACGAUCCCAAUGCACGGACCCAGUUUCCCGGAGUUUUAGCCGGAUGGCGAGAGGAUUUGCAGGGAAAACAGCGCCGGGAUUCCUUGACCUUGGAGCGGGAUGUUUUCGUUACCACAAACUAUGGCCAAGUGCAGGGCUUCAAGGUGUACAUGUACGACAAUCCCGAUCCCAAGUCCUUCUACCGUCCCUAUCACUCCACGGUGGAUCGUGUGAUGGGCGAGUGCUCGGUUUUCCUGGGAAUCCCUUACGCCCUGCCGCCCACUUUCGAGGGCAGGUUCAAGCCACCGCGACUCCAUCGAGGAUGGCAGCUCCUGCAGGCCGUCGAUUUUGGACCCGCCUGUCCGCAACCUGUUCGCUAUACGGGAGCCACCAAGGGAGUGAUGGACAUGGACGAGGAUUGCCUCUACUUGAACGUAUACUCACCCAAGACUGGAGCAGGCGUGGCCCAAAAAUACCCGGUGAUGGUGUACAUCCACGGAGGAGAGUUCAUCCGCGGAGCCUCCAACUUGUUCCAGGGGCAUGUGCUCGCCUCCUUCUACGACGUGGUGGUGGUGACUCUAAACUAUCGCCUGGGAGCCUUGGGAUUCCUGUCCACGGGCGAUGAGAACUCCCCGGGAAACUAUGGGAUUCUGGAUCAGGCGAUGGCCUUGCGUUGGGUCCACGACAACAUCGAGUUCUUCAACGGCGAUCGGGACUCGAUUACUCUAUUUGGUCCUGGAGCUGGAGGCGCAUCCGCAGGACUCCUGAUGGUGGCUCCGCAAACGAAGAAUAUCGUGAGGAGGGUGAUUGCCCAAUCGGGAUCGGCUCUGGCGGAUUGGGCUCUGAUCCAGGACAAGUAUCGUGCUCAGAACACAAGUCGCGUUUUGGGUCAGCUAUUGGGUUGCUCCAUUGAGUCUUCAUGGAAACUGGUGAACUGCCUGCGAACUGGACGCAGUUUCUAUGAGCUGGGAAACGCAGAAUUCGCUCCCCAAGUGGGCAGCUUUCCCUGGGGUCCCGUUUUGGAUCACAAUUUCACUUUGCCUGGUGAUGAUUGGUACGAGGGAUGGCGCGAAAAGGACUGGCGUUUCCUCACCCAAACCCCGGAAACCCUCAUUCGAGCUGGGAAAUUCAACAGGAAUCUGCAGUACAUGACAGGAGUUACCACGCAGGAAGCGGCCUUCUUCGUGGCCCAAAAUCAAUCGUUGAGUCCGUAUUACGAACUGGAUGGAAAGUUCUUCGAUCAGAAGAUUCGCGAGCACGUUUUCCGGUACAACUACACCCUGAAUCCGAAUGGAGUUUACGAGGCCAUCAAGUACAUGUACACCUUCUGGCCGGAUCCCAAUAACAACACUAUUAUCCGCGAUCAGUACAUCAAUAUGCUGAGUGAUCUCUACUACCGAGCUCCGGUGGAUCAGAUGGUUAAGUUGAUGCUGGACAAAAAGAUUCCGGUCUACAUGUACGUACUGAAUACCACGGUGGAGGCACUGAAUCUGCCGCAGUGGAGGAAGUACCCACAUGACACCGAGAGGUACUUCCUCACGGGAGCGCCUUUCCUGGACACCGAGUUUUUUCCCAAGAAGGAUCACCUUCAGCGGAACAUGUGGACGGACAACGAUCGCAACAUGAGCCACUUCUUCAUGCAGACUUACUCGAAUUUCGCAAGAUAUGGUAAUCCCACACCCCAACAGGUGCUGGGAAUGCACUUCCAACGAGCUUAUCCGGGAGAGAUUCGCUACCUGAACAUCAACACCACCUUCAACUCCUCCAUUCUGCUCAACUAUCGGCAAACGGAGUGUGCCUUUUGGACACAGUACCUGCCCACUGUGAUCGGGGUGCUGGUGCCCACGUAUCCUCCAACCACGGAGUACUGGUGGGAGCCCAAGGAGCCGCUGCAGAUUGCCUUUUGGAGCAUGUCGGUGACCUGUUUCUUCCUCAUCGUUUUGGUGGUCAUCUGCUGCAUCAUGUGGCGCAAUGCCAAGCGUCAAUCAGAUCGCUUUUAUGAUGAGGAUGUGUUCAUCAAUGGUGAUGGGUUGGAACCGGAACCGGAUACUCGGGGAGUGGACAAUGCCCAUAUGGUGACCAACCAUCAUGCACUUCGAUCCAGGGAUAAUAUCUACGAAUACAGGGAUUCACCUUCAACGAAAACUCUGGCCAGCAAGGCACAAACGGAUACCACCUCCUUGCGGUCACCCAGUUCCCUGGCUAUGACCCAGAAAUCCAGCAGCCAGGCGUCCCUAAAGUCAGGCAUUUCCCUGAAGGAAACCAAUGGUCAUCUGGUGAAACCUACAGAACGGGCAGCCACUCCGCGUUCCCAUCCAAAUGGAAAUGCAUCUGCGACAAAAGUUUCGGCCCCCGUAGAAGAAAAGCGAUUGCUGCAACCGAUUUCCAGCACUCCGGUUACUCAAUUACAAGCGGAACCAGCCAAAAGAGUUCCAACCGCGUCCAGUGUUUCGGGGAGCAGUCGGAGCACCACGCCAGUGCCCUCCGCCCGGAGCACCACCCAAACCCACACCACCACGGCCACGUUGAGUUCCCAGCCAGCGGCACAACCCAGGAGAACCCAACUGGUGGAGGGAGUCCCUCAGACUUCCGUCUAAGUAACCGCUCUCUAAGCGCGGGAUGUGCUUAGAGAGUCAGCCAAAUCGUCCAAUUUGAGAACCCGUCGAUGAUCCAGGAGGGAAAAUACCAGUCCUUCCUGGGAUUUCCAUAAUGUUAAGUUAGUUAUUUUGCGAAAAAAACUAAGUUUAAUUUUGUAUUUAUAAUUCGUUUUUAGACAGAUCUUUGAGAUCUCAGUUUUGAGUUGUAGCUUAGGAAAGCCUUUAUUCGUAACACCUUAAUCUUAGUUAAACUGUUCGUAAGUUCGAUAACCCAACGAAUACAAAUCCAUAUCAAUGACAUUCCAUAGCCUUUUAAGCGGCCUUUAAGUGUACAUAUACAAUAUCGUAAAAUAUUUGUAUAUUAGAAUAGGUAUACAAAAUAAUUGUUCUGCUAAACUUUUAAGAGAUUAGCUAGAUUGAACAAGAAUUUUAAGCAAAUAGACAAUAUGUGUGUUCUCUCUUCAAUUAAGAACAAAUUUUUUAACAAAUUAAGAACUCAAAAAAGUGUCAGUUAUAUCGAAUGAAAUUUUAAGGAGAACUACAUUAAAAAAAAUUUUACAAAUUAUCAAAUUAAUAAAAAUAAAACAAGUAACUAAAUAAAUUAUUUAACAAACUGUAUUAUUUAAUACAUAAUUCACCCAUAUCAAUGUACCGUCCCUUACCAUUAAGAUUAUCAUGUAAAACAUUAGAUUUUAGCCACUCGCACAUCAUCAAGAGCAAUACCUAAAGUGCCUUCAUCUCUUGUAAUUGUCUUCAAUGGACCCAAACUUAGUUUUUAAUUAAUCACCCAUAUAUCGACUAAGUGUGCCUUUCAUAUAUACAUAUAGAUGUACGUUUAGUUAUAUAUUUUGUAUAUGUUUUAUGUGUCGCAUAUAAUAAUGACCAUACAAAUUCAGUGUGAACCGUCCAAUAACUUUAUGUUUUCAUACGUAUCGUGUACAUUUUUAUUUUUUGUAUAUACCAUUAUUUGUUACAUGAUUGAAAGCAUAACGUAUUACCACUUUAUAUGUUUUUAUGUAUUCUAGGUUAGUGUAAUGUGUACGUCCAGAAAUAAAUUAUUAAUAAUGUA